AUGUUCCGAUCAGUUGUCGUAUUUUUAGCUGUGAUAUCUGUGACCUUUGCAAGUCUUGCGUUGAUGUUACCGGAUCCUAAGCCAGAUAAAUUCAAGGACAUAGAGGGAUGCUAUGUAAAGGACAUUGACGCCGUCAUACCGCUUGGCCAGUUUGUUCCAUCUAAAACUAGCUGUAUUGGGUACAGAUGCGGAGAAGAAUAUGUUACCAUUGAAACUUGCAGUGUUGCCUUUGCGGUGCCUCCUUGUAAAUUAGUAAAGCAUGAUGAAGUCACCUUAUACCCGUACCCUAAAUGCUGUCCUACUAUUGAAUGUUAA